CAGCCUCAAACCUUAACCUUUUAACUUUAUUUUGAAUGGAAGACCAUCAGCAGGGUGACAGUGGAACCACUGGGUUGAACUACAUUCACUUGGCCUCCAAAACCGACACUAUGAAAAUAGCCUUCUGCCUCAUCCUCUUCUUCUUGGAAGUAUGGAUGGUAUUGGGCACUGCUGCAGACUGGGAACCAGGGAAGAUGGAAACCCACCCAGAGGUUUUGAAGAACCACACUUUCCUCCGUCACAACCAAACAGAAGGAGACAUACAACAUCCUCAGAGGAAAGAUGCCACGACAUCAUCUGAGGAGGAGCCCUGGCCAGCGUUGGAUAGGUGGAAACUCUUAGAAAAGAAUGCCAACUUUGGGUUCAACCUGUUCCGAAAAAUCGCCAUGAAACAUGAUGGCAACAUAGUUUUCUCUCCUUUCUGCCUUUCCUUUGCAAUGACUACUUUACUGCUGGCAGCCAGAGGGCAGACCCGAUCCCAGAUCCUAGAGGGCCUCAACUUGCAGGAUCUAAGCAUUUCAGAGACAACUUUCUUGCCUUCUCUCUUCAAGGAGCUCAAAGAUCAGAUCUCCCAAAACCAGGAGCUGGCUUUAUUGAAAGGGAGUUUUGCUUUCAUCCACAAGGAUUUUGAUGUCAAAGAGACUUUCUUCAAUUUGUCCAAGCAGUAUUUUGACAUGGAGUAUGUACCUGUGAAUUUCCACAAUGCCACACAGGCCAAGAGUUUCAUGAAUCAUUAUGUGGACAAGGAGACCAAGGGGAAAAUUCCCAAACUCUUCGAUCAGAUUAAUUCUGAAGCUGAAUUAAUUCUUGUGGAUUACAUCCUAUUUAGUGGUAAAUGGCUGUCUGCAUUUGACCCUCUUCUCACCGAAGUUGAAACCUUCCACCUGGACAAAUAUAGAACUACAAAGGUACCUAUGAUGUACAGGUCUGACAAGUUUGCUUCAACCUUUGAUAGGAACUUACGUUGCCAAGUCCUUAAAUUACCCUACCGAGGAAAUGCAAGCAUGGUAGUGGUCCUUAUGGAUAAAAUGGGGGAUCACCUUGCCAUUGAAGACUAUUUAACUGUAGAGCUGGUGGACAAAUGGAUCAGAAACAUGAAAACCAGAAAAACGGACGUUUUCUUUCCAAAGUUCAAGCUAGAUCAGAAGUAUGAGGUACAAGAAAUCCUUAAGCAGAUGGGAAUAAGAGCAAUAUUCUCCCCCUGGGCUGAUCUGAGUGAACUCUCGGGUCCAGCAAGGAAUCUGAAAGUGUCUAAGAUUUUGCAGAGAACAGUAAUUGAAGUCAAUGAGAGAGGGACUGAAGCAGCAGCUGGAACAAUGUCAGAAAUUGUUGCCUACUCGAUGCCUCCAGUCAUCAAAGUAGAUCAUCCAUUCCACUUCAUGAUCUAUGAAGAGACAUCUAAAAGUCUGCUCUUCCUUGGCAGGGUGGUCAACCCAUCUCUUCUAUAAUUCAUAACACGCACAAAUGGCUUACUACCCUUUGGUAGUACAUAUGAUAAUGCAUAAGACAGAGGUGGGGCAGGAAGAGAGUUGCCCUCAUGCCAGGUUAGUUUUGGUUGUGCUUCUAGGUUUGUGUGGAAAUCUGCUGGGAGGGAAGAUGAAGAUACUAUUUACUGUAGGGAAGUCUUCGUGCCUUCUACCUCACAUUUUAACCCAGUUUUCAGCCACUCACACAUGGCAGCAUGACUAGUUUGACAAUAAGGCUUCAUGACUCAAGUGGAGUCUAUUCUGUUGCCUACAACACAGUGCUUGAUAUGAUGGACGUUAUUAGAGCACAGUUUGAAAGACAAAGAGCUUGGAAGGAAUGGGCCUGUAAGAAAGCUUCUCCUUAAAAUUCGCCUCUAUUUUCUUCUAGUGCUAAAUAAAUUGUUUCUUUAUAAACCGUUAGAGUGUCACUCACUGGUGGCUAAAAUGAAGGGAAAUAAUUGUAGUUAUACAGUCAGCACUGCAUUUGGCUCCAUGACGUCAACUCAGUUGUAAUGUUUUUCAGGCAAAUUUAAAAGGAUGGUGGUAGAAUCACAGGAUAUUAUGGCUCGAUGGGUCUUUACAGAUGACCUCGUCCAUACCUACCAUUUUAGAUUAAGAAACUACAGUGCUCAUAUGGCUAGUCAGUGACAGAACUAGGACUGCAGUUAAGUCUCCUGUCUUCCUGGCCAGGUCUCUCUCCAUCACACCAAGCUACAGCAAUUAAAGUCUCUCUAAUAAACAAACACCUUCCAACAAACUUUACAAAAAUCAAGCAGUUGUUUCUGUUUCUCCAAAUCACCUGUAAAAGCCAACAAAGCAGAAAGACACAAGAUGAUAAUGAAAACAAAAAUGAUGAAGAAUGAACUCUUUUAUUCCUUCAGAAAAAUGUUGAGUAGCUCAUUAAGGGGAUUCAUUUCCAUGUUCUUUUGAUUAUAUGCUUUAUAAUGCAUUAUAAAUGUAUUCAACCAUUUUUGAUUCGUUUCUAAUAUUUAAAACCGACUGAAAAUGAAUUGCUUGUUCGUUCUUUUUGUUCAGUGAUUUACACCAGGAGUGAACUACAAGAUAUUCUUUGUAUUCCAAUAAUGGGAAUUAGUAACGUUCACACAGAAGACCCUAUAAUGGCAGGGAUAUUAUAAUGGAUAAAUGUUUGUUGAAUUGAAAUGGAUUUAUACCUCCAUAAAGAAUCUUGCCACUAAUUAACUCUCA